AUGUUCUCAAAAAUAGGUACUCCUGCUGAUAGUCAGCACAAGAAAUAUGAGUUCACUCCGAUAGGCCACCUUCAGGAUAAGGAAAACAUGGAUGCCCAAAUAAUGCGUCAGGCGAAAAGAGCUUCGAUAGAUGAGAACGAUUCUUUUACGGAGAAUAGUGCUACAAAGAAGUCCCGUGUUGCUGAUGAAACUAUUACUUCUCAGAGGUUAUUUAAUGAUACUUCAUUCGAUGACACUAUUCCAGAACAGAGUGUACAUUCUAUUUCAAGAUCUAAGAAAGAUCCAGUACCGGAUUUGAUUACUAUCGAUUCUAAGGGAAACUCAGAUUUAGGGUCAAAUCCCCUCAAGGAACAACAGAAUACUUUGCAGAAGUUGACUAUGGAAAAUUACAGUCUAAGAGUGAAAUGUAAUAGUUUGUUGAAAUUUUUGAAUAAUGUAUCUGAUGAUGGUCAACUAAGACAAAGCCUUGAAGUGCUUGACGAAUUACAAGAAUGGAAAACGAAACACCAUGAGUUGAUACAGAGGUUUCGAGAGUUGCAGCUAAAGUUUGAUGAGCUAGAUCAAAGAGAUAUUGAACAGCCUGUUAUGGUGGAAGAUCACUCUUCAUGCGAAAAACUUCGUAACGAAUUGGAGUUGUCAUUGGCUGGCACUAAUGAGCAACUUAACAAGCUACGCAAGCACAUUAAGAUGCUUGAAGGCAGUUUGGAAAGUACCAAAAAGGAACAUUCGGAAAAGGAACUUCAGCAUACCAUGAAUAUUGAUAUGCUAAAAAGCGACAUUAAUCAACUGCGAUACAGUCUUAGUUCCAAGGAAACUGCAUUAAAAGAGGCAGAAGAGAAGAUACAAAGACUAGUAAAUCAAUUACAGGAGUAUGAUCAUGAUAGCGGAGCUCUGUUGGAGUUAGAGAAGAAGAUUGACGAGAAAAACCAAGGUAUCCAGAACUUAGAGACAAGAUUGCAAGAGUUGAGUCACCAGAGACAGUCUCUAGAGAGGGAGCUUCGAGCUUCUGAAAGUGCUCUAUCAGAAUUGAGAGAUGAAUAUGAGGGUUACAAAGUGUCUUCAAAGGCAAAGCUGGACAGCUUUACCAAGACUGCCUCUUCCGGCGAGAAUAUCUUGCGCGAAAAGAUAAAUUCGUUGGAGGAAGAAAGCCGCAAAUUAAAUGAACUUAAGAGUUACCUUGAGGAACAAAACAAACUUUUAAAGGGUGACUUGAAGCAGGCGGAAUCACGAAUAGAACUCCUAGAAAGCGAACGUGAGAGGAUCUUGACUGGGCGGCAGGAGGCUUUAGAUAAGCUCAACUCCGAACAACUUAAAAUCCAAGAUUUGAACGCUGAAGUGAUCAAACUUCGAGAGAUCGUGUCUAGAUUAGAAACUGAAAACGGCUCUUAUAAACGGCGCAUUGGGCAAUAUGUGAGAUCUUCUCCUAGUCGAAAAGCAGCACAGGAAGAAGUAGAAAAGAAAGAGCGCGAAGUUGCGACUUUAAGGACUACUUUGCGUGAUUUAGAACAGCUGACAAGCCAAUCGAAGCGUGAACUAGAAGAUGUUAAGCUGCAGCAUAAAAGAGAGUUGAUGGCUUUGCAAUCCAAGUUGGAUGACUUGAAUUCGGAAAAGCCUUUAGAACAAAACCGUCUACAGAAGGAAAUCGACAUGCUAAAACUCGAACUCAGAUCUAUCCAAGACACGAAGCAACGAGAGAUCCGUAUGUGGGAAACAAAAUGUGAAUCUCUAAAAAACACUUAUGAACAGUUAUUGAAAGAAAAUGGGACUAGUGAAUUCGAACGUCUUAUGGAUGAAAGGCGACAGGAAUUCAAAGCUUUGAUGAAGCGCUAUAAUGAUCUAACAUCAGAGAACAUUAGUUUAACAAAGGAACUGAACAAGCAAAAGACCCACAAGGAAUCGUAUAAAGAGGACUUGAAAAAGGUUCAGUCAAGGCUUGAGUUCAUCACCAAGGAAUUUGUCAAACUAAAGGAAAACACUGCCGACACCAAAAUCCCUUCAGAAGAUCUCAACGCUAGGUGGCAGGAGAAGUACCAAAGCAUGAGAACCAAGCUUCUAAAUGAAAUAAAGUCCCUACAAGAUGAAAACAUAGAAUUGGAAAAGCAACUAUUGGACAACAACCACCAAGUCGGCUCCAAGGUAUUGGGCGCCGCACCCGCCACAACAAUUCCAGCCAAUGCAAGCAGUGCAUCGUGGCAAGAUAGGGCUGACUACUAUAGGCUAAAAUAUUACAAUGAGGUCAAGAGGAACAAUGACUUAAAGGUGGUAAAUGAAUACUUGAACCGCGUCUUAAAGGCAAGUUCACAACACGUAAAACUCGACAUCCUCAAACUAGAGAACGAAGUGCAGCCUCUCCUAAAUUCCACCUACGCUGAUAAUUACGACUACCCACUCUUCCCAUCAUACAACGUAAGAAGAACUACGCGUCUCAAUUUCAAAAGUGUCGCUCUUCUGGUUCUCGCUUGCGUCAGAAUGAGUAGAGCGUCCGCAAAACGAAGGUGGGACCAACAGAGAUUAAACUACUUGCAAAGAAAGAUCGCCCUAGGCGAAGAAAGGCUUACCUGGUAG